AUGCUUCACACAAAACUGUGCACCCUGGUGAUGUCUCUGGUUCUUCACACAGCCAGCUGCCGUUCUGCUCUAGAAGUUAGGCUGUCCAAAAGGAUUAUUGAACAUUUCCAUUUUGGGAUAUAUGCAGUCUUCUCAGAACUGAGACCCAUGCACUGGCGUUCUUGGGACUUCUGGCUGGUUGUGCUGUUAGUAGUCUUUCUUUGGUUCGUGAGACUUUACCUGCAUUAUUGCAGUCAGUGGCUCUUCCUUCAGGCCAUCUCUGUUCCGGUUACAAAAUUCCAGUUUUUCCCUCACACAGUUGAACUGUGCUACCAAAACUCCUUGCUGCAGACCAGUGAAGAGUUGGCCAUGGUCGUGGUGGGACCCCUAACCUUGAACGCAGGGCUGCUGCUUUUGGUUCUGAUCAGAUGGGGCUGUCAGCAGCUGUUUGACUCAUUCCCUUCCUUCUUGUCAAAGUUUAUCAUGGCUAUGGGACUCUGGACAGUGCUAGACCCCUUGGCAGUGUUUGUAGUGGAUUCAUUCCUGGGGCGACUUGAAAACAGUGUAGAGAAACCCAUUGCUGAGGCUGCAAAGCUCUACUGGGUCUUUCUAAGAGCAGAGGAAUCAGGGAUUCCUGGUGCGUUAAUCACUGUGAUGCUUUACGCGAUUCUGUUCCUCAUUUCAUCAGCAAUAUUGUGCUUUUACUUUCUCAGGCUACAUAGCGAAGGUUGGUUGUUGGAUGUAUUUCGACGUAUUCACGGUGAGGAAGCUAUAUUCCUUGUUCCCUUGGACUUAGAGAUUUCUGGCCAAGAGCUGAGCUACAUUAUGAAGAAAGCUGAGCAAUGGAGAGGAAUCAAUGGUGAACGACGAAUGGUGGCAGUGUGUGAUUACAUCUGGAAGGACCACGCCAGCCAGCCUGGUGUCUCCAGCUGGGACCUCCAGCACCAACGUGAAAUCUCUGACGUCGCAGCUACCUCAAGGGACAUCACCGUCCACGUGGCCGUGUACACUGUCCAUCUCAGCGGCUUCCAGGAGCUCUACCGACAUUUCCUCAGGCUGCCUGAUGGGGCUAUCGUUGAGGCAUUUGGUGAUAUUAGUGGAAUAAUUCUUUUGUGUAGUGAAAUGAGCACACUCAAGGAGCAUGUAAGUGAAACAGGCAGCGGGCUGCAUACAUCUUCACGGAUCAAGCUGAGGAAAAGGAAAAAGAGUACAGCAAGGUGGAAAGGGAAUCCCAUUGUCUCCAACAAGAGCUAAUUUUGAGAGGAAUGAGUAGUCCACAGAUUUGUUUGCAUUCCGAUUCGCAUCUGU